CUACGUGUAGCAUAACUUGAUAGAACACCGGUGAGGGGGAGUGUUUUUAUUUUUUAUUUUUUUCUUUGUUUCUCGUGGAACUGAAAUAAUGUCAUCUCCGUGCUCCAGCAGUGCUGCAGGGCUGCGGUGAGGCGCUUCUGGAGAGUGAGGUUUGGUCUCUGCUGUUGGUCGUGAGCAGUGUGGAGCAGCCCGUUCAGCUGGAGAGUGAAUGGUGGGAGAAUGAAGCGGCGCAAUGCGGACUGCAGUAACGUUAAGCUCCGUCGCCCGUUAAAACGGAACCGAAUCGCCGAGGGGAUCCAGAGCAGCACCUUUCUUUACCUGAAGUUCCUUCUGGUGUGGGGACUGGUGCUGCUAGCCGACUUUGUGCUAGAGUUCCGGUUUGAGUACUUAUGGCCUUUCUGGCUCUUCAUCAGGAGUGUGUAUGACUCCUUUAGAUACCAGGGACUGGCGUUCUCUGUGUUCUUUGUUUGUGUUGCGUUCACAUCAGACAUCCUAUGCCUCCUGUUCAUCCCUAUGCAAUGGCUGUUUUUCGCUGCAAGCACUUACGUUUGGGUACAAUAUGUGUGGCACACAGAGCGAGGGGUGUGUCUGCCCACGGUUUCUCUGUGGAUACUCUUUGUUUAUAUCGAAGCAGCCAUCCGAUUCAAAGACCUGAAAAAUUUUCAUGUGGGUCUGUGCCGUCCUUUUGCUGCUCACUGCAUUGGCUACCCUGUGGUGACUCUGGGCUUCGGCUUUAAGAGCUAUGUGAGCUACAAGAUGCGCUUGCGAAAGCAGAAGGAAGUGCAGAAGGAGAAUGAGUUCUAUAUGCAACUUUUACAGCAGGCCCUGCCUCCAGAUCAGCAGAUGCUACAGAGGCAGGAGAGAGAGGCAGAAGAAGCUGUUUCUAAAGGCAUGUUGGAGGCAGACGCGACGUUGCUGGCUCAGAACGGCACUCCUGCCUCCAAGAAGCUGCCGAUAUCUUUUCCGGAGCUGGAACACCGGGAGCGAGGCAAGGAGGGUGGGAGAGAGCGGGAGGCCAAGAAACAGCAGCAGCAGCACAGUAUAGGAAUAAACAACAAUAUCCUACAAACUGUGGACUCUAAGCUGCUGGACAUUGAGUAUAUGGAGAACUACCUGAGCAGCAAGAGACUGAACAAUGAGCUGGGGGGCAGUGCCGAGACUCAUCUCCUCAAAGAGGAUUUAAGCAGCACAGGUGGAGGCUCCUUUUCCAAACAUUAUAAAAACUCCUCCCCCCGCAGCCACAGCUCAACCAAUGGCAGCGUGCCCACCUCAUCCACAUCCAACAGAAGUGAGAAGAAGCAGAAGGGUGUAGGGAAGAAUGCCAGCACCCAUCGAGAUGUGAUGGAGAACUAUAUACCCAACAACCAGCUUAGUAAACCGGAUGCUUUGGUGCGUCUGGAGCAGGACAUAAAGAAACUGAAGGCAGACCUGCAGGCGAGUCGUCAGGUGGAGCAGGACCUGCGCAGUCAGAUCGGCUCUCUGAGCAGCAUGGAGAGGAACAUGCGGUCAGAGCUCGGCCAGCUCCGCCAGGAGAAUGAGCUGCUGCAGAACAAGCUUCAUAAUGCUGUACAGGCCAAGCAGAAGGACAAGCAGACGAUUGUUCAGCUGGAGAAGCGCCUGAAAGCCGAGCAGGAGGCACGGGCAGCAAUAGAGAAGCAGCUAGCAGAUGAAAAGAAGAGGAAAAAGCUGGAGGAAGCUACAGCUGCCCGCGCUUUUGCUUUGGCUGCAGCUUCCAGAGGGGAAUGCACAGAUUCCCUGAGGACACGCAUCCGAGAGCUGGAGUCUGAGUGCAAGAAACUCUCUCAUGAUGUCAAGUUUAAAGAGGAGCAGCUCAGAGAGCUGGAGGGCAAAGCUCAGGAGUUGCGCAAGUAUAAAGAAAACGAGAAAGAUACAGAGGUACUCAUGUCUGCGCUGUCAGCCAUGCAGGAUAAGACCCAGCACCUGGAGAACAGUCUGAGUGCUGAAACCAGAAUCAAGCUGGACCUUUUCUCAGCACUCGGAGAUGCCAAGAGACAGCUAGAGAUUGCACAAGGUCAGAUUCUGCAGAAAGAACAAGAGAUAAAGGAGCUGAAGCAGAAGAUAGCUGAGGUCAUGGCAGUCAUGCCCAGCAUUACCUAUUCAACUGACACAAACAAUAUGACCCCAGUCGCACCUCACUACUCGUCACAGUUCAUGGACACAAGUCCCUCAAGUCUGGACCCCAACGCCUCUGUUUACCAGCCACUGAAAAAGUGAACCCUCAUCCCUCCCUGCCCUCUGUUUUGCUCUUUGUUUUGCUCUCAAUAUGACCAGGCUCAGUAUGUGUACUUUCUUAUGAGUGUUUUUACAGCCCCACACCCUCUCAGUAGUAAUCUGUUCCCUGUUGUUGGUUGAACAAGAGGAGAUUAUAUAUUAUUAUUCUAGGAAACAGAUGCUACAGUGACUAAAUCUUCCCAAUUUGGAUAUUAGGAUUCUUUUGUAAAUUUCAAAUAUUAAGCUUAGUAAAAUGCUUUCACUGGUUAAGGCACUACAGCCUGUGCUGCUUGUGUGUCCUCCCAGUCAGUCCAUUUGUUCUGAUGUGUUAAAUUAACCUUCUUCCAUGAACAGAGGCUCGUCUCUCCCCAUAUUUGUGUUAAACAUAAGGGGGCAGUUUCGCAGACAGCGAUUAAGCCUAAUUUUGGACGACACAGCAUUUUGAAUGAAAAUUUUCAUUUUAAAGGAAGUUAAGUCUAUAACUAGGCUUAAUCCCUGCCUGUGAAACCACCCUAAGUAAUUUAAAGUGCCAGAAUGAAUGCAGGACUUAAUUUUCUCCAUGGUAAGUUUAAUGAAUGUUUUUUUUAUUUUUUAUUACCAUGAGAUGAGAGUAUUUGUAAUUAAAGAGAGUUUCUUUAUCCAGAUGCUGUGAUUUGUUUAAAGGAGCAUGUUUCAGAUCUGUUCUGACCAUAGUAUUGUACAUUUCUCUUUUUGGAAACAAACGUGUUUCUGUACGGAUAAAGAAUUGUUAUUAGUUUUGUAUUUUUCAUCUUAUACAACUUGAAGCUCUCUGUUCUGGCCCGAGGCUGUUUAGUUCACCUAUGUUUAGAGUAUGGUGAUGCCAAAUUUGAGGUAAUGGUUCAGAAAAGACUGCUCUUGAUGUUGUGUUCAUUGAUUAAUAUGCUGCAUAAAUAUUCGGGAAUGUUGUAUUUUUCGCGGUCAAUGCAAAUCUUCUUUAUUACUGGACCAAAUUAAAUGAAUAGAGUUUAGCUUACACAGACAGUGUGGGUAGCUGAUCUUUCAUUCAUCAUUUUACGCAGUGCCUUGAAUUAUUUUCUGUUUAAAGUACUUCACACACAACACCUUCAAUCAACACAUAAUUGUCCCUUCUCUCAGUUGUGGUACUUUUGUUCAGCACAUUCUUUGUUUUUUUUUGUUUGUUUUUUUUGGGCAACAGAUACAGAUGUCAUAGAAUAAUUACUGACUCCCAGGUUUACUCUUUGUUUCAGUUUUCAAUGGCCCUCCAGAUUUAAGCUUGUUUACGACUUUUUGUACACAUUGUAAUAUUGUAAAAAAAUAUAUUGCUGAAUGUUUUAAUUUCAGUGAAAAAGUGCCAAGUUCCUUCAACACAAACACUAUAUUCAUCAAGUGAUCAUCAUCCUAACUAUUAUCUGAGAGAUAGAGAUAGCCAUAGAGAAAAGCACGAGUAUACAAGGAAAAAUGCACUGUAUACGUAUCAUCCAGUGCUGGCAGAAUUGACCAUAAUCUUAAUACUUACUUUCAAAUCGGCCCAGUU